AUGGAGAUUAUGUACUCUGAGAAAGGCAUAAUUUUACAUCAGCUGAAAUAUGAACUUGAGCUUCUGAAGAGAUUUGAGUUACUGAAUUAUAAAGUUACUUUCAUACGUGAUGAUACAAAUCAGAAAUUGGAUUCUAAUUCUGAUGGUGAUGAUGUAGAUGCGACAAUGUUCAAGCAGUUGGUAGAUUCUCUGAGGUAUUUGUGUAAUACCAGACCUGCUAUUUGUUAUGCAGUUGGAACGGUGAAUAGGUUUUUGAGUAAACCAAAGUGGUCUCAUUACCAAAUAGCUGUCAGAAUUCUGAGGCAUAUAAAGGGAACUCUGAAUUACGGAGUUUUGUUCCCUUCUGGUGUUGAAACUGACUCAAAGCUUUUGAGUUACUCAUAUUCUGAUUGGCGUGGAGACAGAAUUGACAGAAGAAGUACUUCUGAAUACUUGUUUAAGUUUCUUGGAAGUCAUAUUUCUUGGUGUUCCAAGAAGCAACCAAUUGUUGCUUUGUUAACCUAUGAAUUAGAAUAUAUUGCAGGUGUUGUGACUGCAUGUCAAGUUGUGUGA